GUGUGUUGGCGCGGUGUGACGUCAGACGGGCUGUGACCGUUGUGAGGCUCGCGUGCUGCAGUUUAACUUUAAAGUCUACCUGACAGAGGAUCCACGGUGAACCGACAACAUGUCCCACACCGUCAUCACCACGACCACCACGACCCGGACCCACGGGGACCGGCUCCUGGACCUGGGCUACACCAGGACCAUCCCGGGACUGCUGAAGAUCGGACAGAUGGUGGCUCUGCUCGUGGCGUUCCUGUGCGUCCGCUGUGCUCGGGGUUGGCCCAGCUGGGCGGCCUUCCAGUACUUUGAGGUGGUGUCUCUUUGGUUCCUCAUAGCCCUCCUCGUCUUCUUCCUCAUGCAUCUGUUCAGGCUGCAGGAGAAGAUGCCGUGCAUCAACUGGCCUCUAACGGAGUUCUUUCAUUACUCCGUCGGGUCGGUCCUCGUCCUGAUUGCCGCCAUUGUUGCAGCUGUGAAGAGUGCAGGAGUUUCAGCACUGGUGGUGGCUUCGGUAUUUGGGUUCAUCGCCACGUUUCUGAUGGCUGUUAGUUUGUGGUCCACCUACAGUGUCACCUGUGGAGUCCAUCAGACAGGUGCAGCAGUGUAGUGAUCUCCGCUCCAUGAAGGAAUCCAACGGCUGUGUGGGCAGUUUCCUGGAGUCCUGGAGUCCUGGAUGCCUGGAGUCCCGGGGGAUCCUGGAGUCCUGGAGUCCUGGAUGCCUGGAGUCCUGGAGUCCUGGAUGCCUGGAGUCCUGGAGUCCUGGAUGCCUGGAGUCCUGGAGUCCUGGAUGCCUGGAGUCCUGGAGUCCUGGAUGCCUGGGGUCCUGGAUGCCUGGAGUCCUGGAGUAUUUUCUGCCUAGCAACAACCUGGAUCGUCAAAUGUGAUUGGAUUAGAAUUCGUAGAGCUGCAGAGGUGAUAGAAACACUGAUCCAGGACCCACAUCAACAUCCCCGAUCAUCACGGUAAAUCCGGAGAGGACUGUAGUUCCAGUGUUACUCAGAUACCCAGAAUUCAUUUUGUUCUCUGUCAUCUCAAGGUGCUUGGUGUCAGAAUUUAACCAUCCAUGUAACAUGUCUGGUAAAAUCAGAAUCUGAGUGACACCGAGAUGACAACAGUCACUCACAUGGUAUUACUGUAAUGACUACAUUUCCCACAAUCCCUGCUGCUCCCGCUCUGACUCUCCCUCCUUUACACGGUGGAGUCUCUCUCUCUCCUGCAGACGUCUGCUUUCAGAGAAGAGUUUAGAAAAGCUGUGUUUGUUGUUGAAAUACUCACUGUCGUGUGCCAUAGAUGUAUCCGGAUGUUUUUCCUCCAUAAGUCACAUGUCACAUGUUUCUGUGUCACGUCUUCAUGCUACAGUUAGCUAAGUUAGCUUGAUCUCUUAUUUUAUUCCUUCCAGUUUCUUUGGAUCCUUCUUUGAAUCUCGCUCGCGCUCAGUGAAGCAGUCUGGACCACGGAUGUAUUUCAACUUUUAUAAAAAUCACUUUUUCUAAAACGGCCAAAAAAUGCACAGUAUAGCCCUGUUACUGUUAGCUUGGGUUGCUAAUCUUUGCUAGCACAAUAGCGGUGUUUGUUUCAUGUCGACAUGCUAGUGUGCUAAUAAAUAUUGACAAGCUAAUGUUUUUUAAAACGUGCAUGCUAAUGACUGUUAGCAUGCUAAAACAUUUCUCAGGGCUAAUUUAUGUGUGCUACAAAAACACUAGCAUGCUAAGAAUUAUGUGAAUUGAAACACUGUAAAAACAAAACAUUAGCAUGCUAACAAUGCUAACAGGCACAGAAACAAAGCGGGAUCGGUUUCGUCGGGUCGUCUCUGCCGCAGAAAUGUUCUCCAAACAGGAAGCUGUUCAUGUCUGAGGAAGUUUAAAUCACUGCUUCAUUCUGUCUUCAUGGGGUCACCUCAUCCUCUUAAAGUCACGUUUAAGAGAGCAGCUCGCCGUCUGCUGUGAAAACCCGUUUACAAUUCUGCUCCCAGCGGCCAUGAGUUCAGACUGUUUGCAUCUUUAUUCCCAGUUUACAACACGACUGUCCUCGGUGCUCUGAAAUCCAACCGUUCAGAUUUAUCCUGUUUUUACUCUCAGAAGCACAUCGGUUCAAAAGAGAGCUGGGGGCGGGUCACGCUCCAGCAGAUCCUAUUUCAGAGGGUCAGAUGCGGUGCGAGGGAAUGCGCUGUGAUGUGAAGCAGUUUUAAGCGAUUUGAUGCAAUUCAAGCAGUGUGAAGCGAUGUGGUCAGGUGCGACGCGAUGCAGUGCGAUGCGGUGCAGUGCGAUGCAGUGCGAUGCGGUGCAGUGCGAUGCGGUGUGGUGCGAUGCGGUGCGAUACGGUGCGAUGCGGUGCGAUGCGGUGCAGUGCGACGAGAUGCGGUGCGAUGCGUUGCGGUGCGGUGCGGUGCGAUGCGGUGUGGUGUGGUGUAAAGCGGUGCGAUGCAGUCCGAUGUAAUGCGGUGUGGUGCGGUGUCAAGCGAUGCGGUGUGAAGCAAUGCAAGCGGUGUGAUGUGAUGCGGUGUGAAGCGAUGCGGUGCGAUGCGGUGCAGUGCGACGAGAUGCGGUGCGAUGCGAUGUAGUGCGAUGCGAUGCGGUGUGGUGUGGUGUAAAGCGGUGCGAUGCAGUCCGAUGUAAUGCGGUGUGGUGCGGUGUCAAGCGAUGCGGUGUGAAGCAAUGCAAGCGGUGUGAAGCGAUGGGAUGCGGUGCGAUGCGGUGCGAUGCGGUGCGAUGCGAUGCGGUGCAGUGCGACGAGAUGCGGUGCGAUGCGAUGCGAUGCGGUGUGGUGUGGUGUAAAGCGGUGCGAUGCAGUCCGAUGUAAUGCGGUGUGGUGCGGUGUGAAGCGAUGCGGUGUGAAGCAAUGCAAGCGGUGUGAUGUGAUGCGGUGUGAAGCGAUGCGAUGCGGUGCAAUGCGAUGCGGUGUGGUGUGGUGUAAAGCGGUGCGGUGUGAUGUGAUGCGGUGUGAAGCGAUGCGGUGUGAUGUGAUGCGGUCUGCUGCAACGUGAUGCAGUCCCGGUUGUACAUCAGUGCAACAUUGAGGAUGAGGUAGUAGCGGUUUGAGUCUGUCUUUACGUGCACCCCCACACUGUGUGUGUGUGUGUGUGUUGGGGGGACAGGGGGGAGAGGUGUUCUAGGACUGAAGCUGUUCCUCAACCUAUUUGUUCCCAGUAGCGGUUCACAGAGGGAGUUGCCGAGGUGUGUUGUUCGAUGCGAUGUGUCGGGCCUUCUGCAGAUUUUCAUCACAAACACAGACGGAUACAAACAAACGUAUUUAUUAUUGAACAGAUUAGUCACUCAAACAGGAAGUGGGACAUAAACAACCUGAACUAAAUGAAGAGAGAUAAACAAUAUAAGAAAUAAGAGGCAUGUCCAGAUGAAGAGAAUAAAUGUUGGUUUGAAUUCAAACUUAAACAUCAUCAUUUAGAAACAGUCCAAUGAAAUGAUGCUUCUUUGUGAAAGCACAUGAAUCUGUGCCGACAGAUUUCCUCAUCACAUGACCCUCAGCUGUUUUCUGUCCAAUCACAGAGUCCGACACAAAAGCUCCCCACGGGACGGC